AUUCCGGCUUAAUCAUAGUACGGAGUAUUCUCAGAAACCUGGUACCUAGUACAUUCUUUACCAAAUUAGACAUUUCGGCAACAUUUUUCCUUCGAAAGUCUUCAAAAUCUUCGGGGACAACAAUGUCAAAUCGUUCCACGACACCCCAAAAACUACAUUGGUCAACAGUCCACAUCUCAGUACAUAGUAACACAUCAGAGCUGAAACCGCUUUUGGCCUAAGCUUGCAUGGCAUUCAAUUGAUCAGAGUCCCAAAAAGGGCAGAAAAAUUCCAAAGAACCGACUUCACGGAUUCCAAAUCCGGGAUUGUGCACUAAUUCAUAAAUCUGCUAGAAUCCGAUAUACCCCCCUACCCUUCUCUCUGCUUUUUUAUAUUUAUUAUUUAUUGUAUAUUUCUUGAAUUUGCUGGAUUUGGUGUUUCGGAUGAUUUUUAGGGUUUAUCAGAGUGAUAUGAAAGUUGGGGCUUUGAGUUCUUGGACUCUGAAUUUUUGAUUGAGGGCUGAUUCUUGAGAAAUGGUGGUGGCUUCUUCUUCUGCUACCCCUCCUUCAGAGAAAGACCUUGAGGAGGAGGUCAUAGAUUAUGGGGUUAGGCUUUUCACACCCCCUUCUUCUAAUGAUGAGCUUCUCAGCAUCCUCGAUAAAGUUGAAUCCCUACUAGUCAGUGUAGGGCAAGCCCCUUCAGAGACCAUGAGGAAUGCGCUUCAUCCAAUAAUGAAAGCGCUAAUUGGUUCAGAGCUUUUGGGACAUUCUGAUGAAGCUGUAAAAGUUUCAGUUGUAUUGUGUCUCAGUGAAAUAAUGAGAAUAACUGCACCACGUCAACCUUACGAUGAUGCUGUAAUGAAGGAAAUUUUUCAACACAUCGUAGGAACAUUUGAAAAGUUAUCAAAUGUCAAGAGUCACUGCUAUUCGAAGGCUGCACAAAUUCUUGACAAUGUUUCAAAGGUCAGGGCAUGCGUGAUGCUUUUGGACCUUGAAUGUGACACAAUGGUUGUUGACAUAAUUAAACUAUUCCUCAGGAUCAUCAGCUCCUCUCAUGCCAAUGAUGUAUUCACAAACAUGGAAGACAUCAUAAUUUGGAUCAUCAAAGAAUGUGAUGAAGUUUCAGGAGAGCUGUUAAUGCCCCUUGUUGAUAGCAUCAAGAAUGAAAAUCAGACUGUUUCACCUGUUUCGUGGCAGUUGGGACAGAACGUCUUGGAAAAGUGUUCUUCCAUAAUCAGACCUUAUGUAGUGGAAGCAGUAAAAUCAAAGAGCUUGGACAUUAAUGAUUAUGCCGGGAUACUUUCCUCAAUAUGCCAUGAAGUGCCUGAGGGAGAAGACAAGAUGGAAAAUGAGAAUGGACCUCUUGCUGCAUGCCCUGUGGAAGUAGUGUCCAGCGCUCAAGUUCCUCCAGUAUUGCAACAGGAUGACGCGCCAACUUCGAUAGAUAUUAGUAACAAAAACCAGGAAUCUGAAAACUCAUCAAAGACAUUACAACGCUGUCAUCAGAUUGAGCAUCUAAAAGAUACCGGUCCUGAACAUCAUAGUUUAGAAGAUAGGCAAGCAGGAUCGAAUACGAGUGGACUUCCAAGAAAAAGGGGUAGGAAGCCCCUGAGAAAACAUGAUGAAGCUUCAAAGGAGUCACCUUUGCUACCAGAAGAUGAAAAGCAGACUGCAACUGCUAUGCUUUCACCAGAAAGUGCGGGCACUGUUCAUCCGGUUUCUACUUCAUCAAAAGGCAAUAAGGAUGGGAGCACUCGAAAAAGAGGACGUCCAAAGAAGAAUCAGUUGGAUCUGUCUUCGAAAAAAGGAUCUGAGGUGACCACUACCAAGGCAAAACGUAGGAGGGGCUCUGGGAAGAAUGAGCCAUCUGCCCAGUAUAACUCUGAGAAAUCUCCUGAUUCAAUGGUUGUCAUUAAAAAGGAAGAUGAAAUUCUUAGUGCAGAUAAGUCGUCAUCACCUCAAAAUGAAAAUCUCUCAAAGAAAACUGCCAAAGCUAACUGCUUGAGCAAGGAAAAUGCUGGCAACAGAGAGGAUACUGAGAAGAUUGCUGUAAUCAAGGCCAGCCAUGGUGAAGAGUUGGUUGGUGCAAAAAUUAGAGUUUGGUGGCCAAUGGACCAAAAGUUUUAUGAGGGCGAGAUUUCUUCUUUCGACCCUGUGAAGAAAAAGCACAAGGUUGUUUAUGCUGAUGGUGAUAUAGAAAAGUUGAAUCUUGCUAAGGAACGAUGGGAAAUGAUUAAAGAGAUUCCUUCCAACGAAGAUCAUGAAGCAGAUACUCCGGUUUCAUCAGCUAUGGAUGGGAGGAAGAAAAGAAAAGGCGACUCUUCAAGAAAACAAAAACCCGCCAUUUCAUCGACAAAAAGGUCUAGACGCAAAGUGCAAGGAGGCAGUGGCAGCGCGAGUGCAAAAUCUCCUAAGCCAGACGACUUCUGGGUUGCAGAUAAAGUGAACGACAACACAGCUACGCAAGGCGAGCAGGCAGGUAACAAUGAAAACACUCCUCCACCCAAGGAAGAGACUGAAGCUCCUGUAGAGCCAUUGGAAACCGUCAACCCGGGCGAAAGCCCUACGCCCGUGGCUUGAGAGUUGGGAAUGAAUACCAGAAUACACUGAUUUGCAGGAACUAAGAUCAGCGAAAGCCUACCCAACUCAUUGAUGAGAGAGGGUGAUUAGAGUAGAAAAAAGAAGUGGCAAACAUACAGGAGUGUGUAAACUUGUUUCGAUGUUGUUCUUAUUAGCAAUGUAGUCGGAUUAGUCAGAAUUCAGCGUGAUUAUUGACGGUUUUUCGCUUUACUAAGUUUAAGAAAAGUUCAUGUAAAUUGGGCCCCUUGUUUUAAUUUCCUACCAAAAAAGGAAGAUGAA